UACAGUAUGUGCUGCCACUCUUCACUCACUUUAGUCUUAAGCUCCUGCUCACACUGUGGCUCCACUAAAGAGUUUACUGAGACUUCUUUGGACUCGUGGAAGAGCCCUUUAAAGCACAUCGCUGCUGCUAACUUUUGUCUUUAUUUCUAGGUGGAACAGGAUUUAAAUUUUUGGACAGAUAAUACUAUGCAUCUGAUGAGUGGUGUCCUAGUGUGCCUCUGUGCGUUUGGGGCUGUUAGGCUGCUCUCCCUCCCCUGGUUUUGCAGCUUGUUGGCAGGGCUGGGGCUCUUCGUGGUCUGGAGGGGUUCCUGGAAGUUCAUACUUGUAGUUCUACGCACCAUCAAAAGAGACCUAAUGUGUCUGGCUGUGAUUCUGCGAGUGAAGUCUUCCAUGGACCGUAACCUGCGAAACAGAAGCACCAUCCCUGCCCUGUUUGCCCAGAUGGUGACCCGGCACCCAGACAAACCUGCUUUUAUCUACGAGACUACGGGAGAAGUGAGGACUCAACAAGGAAUACAAAUAAAUGCAUGCUUCAAUAUCAGUCAUAUUGUUGUCAAAGCUGACUGCAUUUCCAUGUUCAUUAUAUUCCAGGUUUGGAGUUUCAGGGAGCUGCAGGAGCGAUGCCAUGCUGUGGCUCACUGGGCACUGGCUCAGGGAUGGGCUGAGGGAGAUGUGGUGGCCUUGUACAUGGAAAGCCAGCCUUUAGUGGCGGCUCUGUGGUUGGGUCUGGCUAUGAUCGGUGUAGAGACGGCACUCAUCAACCACAACCUUCGGCAGCACUCUCUGCUUCACUGUGUUAGCGUGUCUGGUGCUCGGGCAAUGGUGUUCGGGACAGAGAUGAGAGAAGCGGUGUCAGAGGUGAGCGGCUCUCUGCAGCCCGACAUGGUUUUUUUCAGCAGUGGUGAGCGGGACGAUGAUGAAAUGCUCAGAAGCCUCCAAGUUCAAAGCCUGGACGCCUUGCUGGACCGUUCGCCCAAACACCCUCCGAACUACACACUCAGGAAGGGAUUCAAUGACAGACUUUUCUACAUCUACACUUCUGGUACAACAGGAAUGCCAAAACCAGCUGUUGUGGUGCACAGUCGGUAUUAUCGCAUUGCUGCCUUUGGCUUCUACUCCUUUGGCUUGUGUCGUGACGACAUCAUCUACAACUGCCUUCCCCUGUAUCAUUCUGCAGGUACCAUCAUGGGUGUAGGCCAGUGUUUGCUCUUUGGUUUGACUGUUGUAGUAAGGAGGAAGUUUUCAGCCAGUCGCUUCUGGGAUGAUUGUGCCAAACACAACUGCACAGUAAUUAUAUACAUAGGUGAGAUUUGCCGAUACCUUUUGGCCCAGCCAGUCCGUCCAUCUGAGGCACAUCACUGUGUGCGUGUUGCAAUGGGUAACGGCCUUCGUCAGUCAGUGUGGGAAGAGUUUGUCCAGAGAUUCAGAAUCAAACGAGUUGGGGAAUUUUAUGGCGCCACCGAGUGCAACUGCAGCCUGAUUAACAUAGACGGAAAGGUGGGGGCAUGUGGCUUCAACAGUCGCAUCCUGCCAAGCUUUUACCCCAUCAGAUUGGUCAGGGUGCAGGGGGAGAAUGGACAGCUGCUCAGGGAUUCACAGGGACUCUGUAUACCCUGUCUGCCUGGUGAGCCAGGUAUGUUAGUGGGACGCAUAAACCACACUGAUCCGCUCAGGAGAUUCGACGGUUACGCUGAUCAGGAUGCCACAAAUCAGAAAAUAGCUCACAAUGUCUUCAAGAUGGGAGACUCUGCUUACGUCUCAGGUGACGUGCUGGUGAUGGAUGAAUAUGGCUACAUGUAUUUCAGGGACCGCAGUGGUGACACAUUUCGUUGGCGAGGGGAGAACGUUUCCACCACAGAGGUGGAGGGUGUCCUUAGCCGGCUGUUGGGUCACACUGAUGUAGCUGUCUAUGGAGUUUCUGUACCAGGUGUGGAGGGAAAGGCCGGUAUGGCAGCAAUAGCUCACACAGGAGGCCAGUUUGACCUCGAUGCGUUCUUGAUCGCUGUACAGAAAGCCCUGCCAUCCUACGCACGCCCCGUCUUCCUCCGACUCAUGCCCUGUGUUGACACUACAGGUACCUUCAAAAUCCAGAAGACACAAGUGCAGAGGGAAGGAUACAAGCCAAAAGACUCGCUUGAAGAGAUUUAUUUUCUGAACAGUUGUGCUGGGCAUUACGAGGCUGUCACCGAUGAACUAUAUAGUGCCAUCAUGGAGGGGAGAGUGUGUCUAUGAGACAGGAGGAGGCUGAGAAGAUACAGACUGUUAUAGAGGACAGAGUUUAUUUUUCAAUGGGGAAAGAGAGGGAAAAGAAAACUGUUUACACUGAUAUAAAUAUAAUUGGGUCACUGUGUUUUGCAAUUGAACAAACCCAUUUAUUUGUUACCAAAUUUAAUGCAAUUUCCUAACUUUGCAUCAGUGUUAUUCCAGAUCCAGUAAAAUACUAUAUAAGCCUGUAACAGUUGAUGGCAUUUAAAGAGAGGACAACAUGAAUCAUCAAUCUAAAUUCAUCAAUUUAAAGUAAAACUCAAAUUAUAAGCCUCUGUUGUCAGGAUAUACAGUGGAAACCACUUUUAGUGAUCAUGAAAUUAAGCAGAUGUUUUUUCUAUUUUUAAUUUGUCAUGUAGAUUACCAUCUAAAUGACAUUUGUAUAUUUAUUACAUGAAUAUAAAGUAAUGAAACAGACAGCUUUGCUGUUUACUGGAUUUUAUUGGCUGUAAAAUACGGUGCAGCUGUUUCACUGUACAAAUUAAAUUACUGUACAGUGUAUAAUUCAAAUACAUUUCACAGUAAUACAGUAUUGUAUAAAAUAUAGUUUACUGUAGUUGAAAUUAUAAUUAGGCUAGAGGCUAAAACACUAUUGUGCUGUUUACAAAUACAGUAAAGUCAGUGUUACAAAUGGGCUACUAAGCCACAGCUUGGCGCUGGUGUCAGUGCAUUUCAUAAUUUUUAUCAGGCCUGAAAUUAGACUGUAGGUGAACUGGUAGCAGAGUUUGAACACAAAUGUAUUGAUAAAAUGUACAUAUUUUUUUUUCCAUAUAUAUUUAUAUGUAUGAAAAGACCCACUGAACACUGUAUACAUGAAUUGUUUAAAACAGCAUUUGUAUGGGAA